AUGUUCAGCGGCCUCGCAGCUGAAAUUCCUUUGGACCACAUCGAGAAAUUUGAGAGAGUCUGCAACUUCUCUCGCGCAAAUGGAGUGCCACCAGACUACAUCAAAUCCUCUCUCCUAACCGGUACCCUCACUACAUGGGAACAGGUCCAAGCAGCGUUCUUAAGUCACUUCUACACGAAAUCCAAAACCGCAUUUCUGAGGCACAAGAUCUCCAAUUUUAAGCAAAAGACUGACGAGCCUUUCUAUUAUGCUUGGGAGCGGUACAAGGAGUACCAAAGGGAAUGCCCUCACCAUGGGUUUGAGGACGAUUACAUACUGGAAGUGUUCUAUGAUGGAGUGAGCUAUGAGUUUCGUAAUGCUCUGGAUUCCUCGAGUAAUAGAGAUUUCAUGACUCAAACAACACCAGGUGCAUUCGCACUGAUCGAGAAUACGGCGUCAAGCUCACUCAACAAGAACAAGGAGAACGAUCGCUCCAAGAGCGUAAAUAGCAUAGACGAUCUAGCGGUAAAGGUUGACCAGCUGAUAAAGGGCAAUCAGAGCCAAGUGUUCAUCAUGGAAGAAGCCGCAUCAGAGAACAAUGCUUCAGAUGUCACACCUGAAGCAGACAACACUGUCGACAAUCAACAAGAGCUAGACACACCAAUUGACAACGCGCAGAACAGUCAAAGACAGAACACGGGGUAUCAGAAGGGUUACCAAGGAAGAACUUACGUUCUUAGCCAGGCGCACCACAACCAGUUCCAGAACCAGAAGCAGCAGACUGCUCAACAAGUUGGCCCUACACCUACGACUGCUCCGCAAGACGAGAAAAAUGGGCUAGCGACGAUGAUGCAGAAGCUGCUCCAGGGUCAGCAAAUUCAAGGAAAAGCGUUGAACCAGGUCACCACAGACAUCUCCAAAAUGAACCAUAUGUUCACUGACCUGAGCACCAAAUAUAACAAUGUGGCUAGCCAUAUGCGGCAGAUAGACAUUCAUAUCGCUCAGACAGCCGAGAGUGUCAAGAGGCAGCAGGGUACUCUUCUUGGAAAGACCGACAAGAAUCCUAAGGAAUGCAGUGCAGUCAAACUGAGGAGUGGAAGGAGACUACCAGAUGUGGCACCUAAGAAGCUAACAGCGGCAGAGAAGGGCAAGCAAAAGGAGGGCGAGCAACCGCGAUCCGACACUGCUCCUCUCUCUGAAAAGGAAACGAAACAGCCAACUGAGACUGAUCCAGCCCCUGCCGCUACACCUGUCGAGCAUGUUCCUACGCGCGAAUACACCCCUAAGGUUCCAUACCCUGUUCCCGCAAAGAAGUCUCGGAAGGAUCGUGAGGAGAUAAAGUGUAAAAAGAUGCUAGAGGAUCUAACUAUCAAGUUACCUCUGAUUGACGCAGUCAAGAUGAUACCUUCUUUGCGCAGUUGGAUGAAGGGUUUGGUCUCAGGAAAAAUAACUGGAGACAAUGAGGUUAUGUUGCUCUCGAAGGAGUGCAGUGCAGUGCUUCAGAACAAGCCGAUUAAGAAAUUGGGUGAUCCAGGAAAAUUUGUUCUCUCGAUACAGAUUGGAAAAACAGUGUUCGCCUGUUCUCUUUGCGGUCUAGGCUCCAUUGUCAACAUAAUGCCUUACUCUGUAGCAAAGCGACUAGGGUUCAUAGACUUCAAACCCACAAGAAUUUCCCUGGUGUCCGCAGAUAGAUCAGUUAAGUCCCCGGUGGGUAUUCUGGAAGAUCUCCACGUCCGAGUAGGCAACACCUUUGUUCUGGCAGAUUUUGUGGUUCUAGAGCUUGACGAAGAACCAAGAGAUCCACUCAUCCUGGGCCGUCCUUUCUUAUGCACAGCUGGUGCGAUUAUUAAUGCUCGACAAGGAAGGAUUGAUCUUCACCUCGGAGACAUUGCAAUGAAGUUCAAGAUGAACAAGUUGCUGAAGAAGCCGAUGAUAGAUGCGCAGAGCUACUCAGUUGAAGACGAAGAUCAUGCACUUUUCUCUCAAGAGGCAAUGAUUAAGGAAAUCUUAACCGAUGACCCACUCGAACAAACCCUGAUCCAAACUAAGACUGAGCACAACAUCAUGAGCGUGGACUCGGAUGGCUACAACAAGAUGAUUGACUCUGCCAAAAGCAUGGAAAAGUUAGGAGCAGACGCCGCAAGCAAUCACAUCACCCAGCCAAGGAACCGGCUGGAUUUUCGGCAGUUGGAGAGCGAUUACCGCGUAACAGGAGGACAACUGGUCGCUCCGAGAGCGGGGAUUUCAUAUGUGCAUAUAUGCGCAAAAAGGUCUGAGAGGAAAGGAUCAGCGCAGCCUCUUACUCGUUAUUGCUGCAAAGUUUCACAAAACAAGGAGAACAGUCAGUUUAGGAGGCGAACAGUUAGAGCAGCUGCUCCCGAACAGUCACCACCACGACAGAGGUGGGGAACAAGGUCGAACGAGUAG